UUUGGAAGGGUAUACUUGAUUACGUUGUACUAGUACGGUAUGACCUUACGUAAAGCAGACGCUAUAUAUCCAGUCACCUUUUUUUCAAGUGUACAUCUUUUCGCAACCAAUUUUUCAUGUCUAUUAUUCUGAAUAGAAGGUCUACAGUCUAGUUUAUUCCACGUUACUAUCAAGUUCGAAAACUGGCUUUGACAUUAAGGACAUUAUUAAAGGCUUGUGUAAACUAUCGAUACCUUUACUAUAAAUGUUGCCAUGCCUCUAUUCCGGCGCUCAUUAGAUUAGAAUUGCCAGGUCAUAGGGGUCCACCAAACUAAAUUUAUCUUGGCACGUUUACGUUGCUGGAGGUUCUAAGGGUUCGUUAGCUGGCUGUUAAACAGGUACAAGGGUAUACUUUGCGUAAUAAAGUUAAACUUAGCACACUUUCUUAUUGCCAUAUACCGAUUCGUUUUUGUUCAGUUUCCUCUGAUGCUCUGAAGUUUGACCUUUUCCUGCAAAAGGCUUAAUUGUACCGUGUAGUACCAUUUAACGUUUUUGCCAACAUCGCUAUGUGCAGUGAUAAUCUGUUUUGACUCUGAUGUCGAAGAAAGUUCAAUUCGGCUAUUCUCCUAUCAGUCCCGUGCCAGUGGUGGUAUCGCCGAAUAACCAUGUGGGAGGUCACAACCUGAACAAUACACUUUCCCCUCCCACCCCCGACAUACAAAUGUCUAACACCUGCCGCAGGGGCACAACACCCUUCGUCAAAAGCAGGUCAAUUGAAUGCGGAAUGCUUGGAUCCGUGGACCGACAAAUGAAGAACUUCAUGCUAGUAAACAACGGGGAGAAGAUCGUGUACCCAAGCAGUGACAGAAUCACCAUUAACGUGUCGGGUAAAAUAUUCGAGACCUCCCUGGUGGAUCUGAACAAGUUUCCAGACACCCUGCUCGGGAAUCACGAUGCGAGGAAACAGUACUACGACAUUUUCCGCGACGAGUACUACUUCAACAGAAAUCAGAUUGCUUUUGACUCUAUUCUGUAUUACUAUCAAACAGGUGGGGACAUAUACCAACCUGAGGGGUUGCCCGACAUCGUUUUCGAAAGAGAGCUAGAAUUCUUCCAGCUGAUCGACGGUACUUGUGGUGAGUCACAAGGAGAGAGCCCGGAACCGGACAUGACUCAUAGCCAGCUUAUCAGUCAGUCGGUUGGAUUUCAGCGCUGGAGGUCCGCUUUAUGGGGUUUUGUGGAGUAUCCAAAGUCGUCCAUUCCAGCCCGAAUUUGGGCUUACAGUAAUAUACUCAUUAUCGUUAUCAGCGUGAUUAACUUGAUAUGGGAGAGUAUUCCAAAGUACCGAAACGAUACCAGCAUCGAAACCUUUUUUCAUAGUGGACACUGUCUGUGUGUCUUACUUCACACUUGAUUUGGUUCUUAGAAUUAUAAGCACACCGAGUUUAGGGAAUUUCCUAAAAGUUGUUCUUAACUGGUUUGAUUUCCUCGCUAUUGUGCCAUUUUACGUCGAACUUAUUGUCGGAAGAGAGAGUGCAUCAGGCUUGGCAGCAUUCAGAAUAUUAAGGUUAUUCAGGAUAACGAGGCUAUUCAAACUUAUACGCCACUCUUCGAGGAUGAUGCUGAUGAUGGAGGUGGUGAGCAGCUGUUUAUCAGAGCUGGGGAUGCUGUUUCUUACCUGGGUCAUGGGAACCCUCAUCUUCGGAACCAUAAUGUUUUAUAUUGAGGAAAGUGCCGAAUCAGACUUCAAAAGUAUUUUACACGCGUGCUGGUGGGCGGCAGUUACCAUGACGACAGUCGGCUACGGAGAUCUCUAUCCCAAAACUCCUCUCGGUCAAUCUGUUGGCUCUAUUAUCCUCUUCCUUAGCAUGAUCUACAUCGCCCUACCAAUGACACUAAUAGUGAGCAAGUUCAGCUCCACGCUCCAAGCCCAUCAAGAACAAGUCUCUGAGAAGCGCAGAAAGUUUAAGAAAAUUCCCAAUAAAGACCAUCAUGCAGGAUUCUUUUGAUAAAAUGGGGGAUAAGGUGUAGAUUUCUACCUGCAAUAUCAAACAUACAACUACUAGCUAAUCAGUUAUAUCACUAACGGGAUCGCAGUUCAUCAUUUAGCAAGAUGGAUAAGAGGCUGACUAAAUGAAUGUAUUAUUUUGAUACGAACACUGCUGCGCGUGAGAAAGGUUUGUUUGAGACAUGCCCAACCUCUUCAGCCGAAUAAUCUGGGUUGAAAUUUAACCUAACAUUUCUUACAGUUGCAAAGGUCUAUUGUCUACACUCUACAGUCACAUUUAGACGGUUUGACGAUAUCGUAUCUUUAUUGGAUAUGUUUAUUAUAAUCAGUUUUAUAAAUGAAUUAGGGACGCUGAUCCAUUACGUUCCAUCUCGGCAAAGGGGGUUAUUUUUCCUUUUUCCCGACAAAAGUUUUGCAUGAAUUUUUCAGAGUAUUAGUCGAUUCUUGAAAAUCAAUGAAACGUUUAUAUGGGUAUGACGUUUGUCAUUUGAACACUAAAUCGCAAAAACGGCAAGAUUUCUAUAGUUUUAUUGGAAAAGUACACGCUGUGCAUGCCCCGAGGUGUGUUUCUGAGAAUGUUCUGCACACUUUGCAGUCUCUGCUGAUGAUAAAUGCUUAUUUCAACAGUUAUACCAGUUUUAUAUCAUAUAUUUACGUCGCCUCACUUGCAUGAAUAAUAUCAUCUGGAUAUAUUCCACGCGGAAAUUUCCAUGGGUACAGAAGUUAUUAUAUUCUUAGAGAAAGUAGACAAUGUAAUCUGUCUGGUCUAUUUAUCUAAUUGGUAAAUUGAGUAAUC